CCACUCUUUUCAACAGCAUGAACUGACUUCAAUACCCAAAUCGGCUCUUGAGUCCUCCUUAGCGUGAAGGUCAGAGAGGUGGUCUAGGAAAAGUCCGGGUUUAAGGAAUUGCUUUGGCGAUGGCCAUGGAUGGCCGGAUCUUUUGUGCAAUGAGGAGAGUCGAGAUAGCUUUUGGUCCAAAAUAGACUUCAAUAUUCCUUCGACUUUUUUGAAGGCCGAUCCUUUUUUACUUUUCAGCUAGGCAGCCUUUGAACCAUGAUUGCUGGAGAAUUUAGGAUUUAAUACCUUGGUAUGGCUCAAAAGCUUGAACUGUACCCCGUAUGUGAGUCUUUGCGAGUUGUGUCGUUUCGGCCUCAUUUGACUGAAUGCUGAAGACUGUUAAGUGGAAGGGUAGAGCGUGACUCUGGUGCGAGAUUAUGUGUCAAGUCAGUCCCUCGCUUACGAUUAAGGGAAGAAGAAUUUGACGGGGCGGUGGUUGGCAUUACGAAGGAAGCAUUGCUCCUCAAUCAUGUACAGAUUCAAUCUGUUGGCGAUCCGUUGAGAUUAAGAUGAAGAAGAAUGGAGAAGCAUUCCGCCUCAGUUUAUAGUUUGGAUUGAUAAGUAGUUCUCAAUUCUUCUUUAUUUCCCAUUCUCCAUGACCUUACCCAUUGUGUUAGGGUUUUUAAUCUAGUUUGUGUUUCAUUACGUGCACGAAGACCACUUUCUGCUUACAGAAUCUACUGCCAAAUGGCUGCCGCGAGGUGGAGAAGGUUUAGUAAUGUUGCCACCAAUUGUCGUAAAUGCUUCGAGACAUCAAGCCCGGAAUUGAAAUUCAGUUGGCAUUUAGCUUCUCCACACACUUUUGGGAGAUCACAGGUGGAUUCUACCUCCGUCAUUCGACAUUGUGAGCACGAACUCAUACGCUCGUACAGCACGUUAUUGCCAGCUACUGCUCCUUUCCAGGUUACUGAUUGUAAUUUCAAAGUGGACCACAAUUCCAUUGGAAGGGGAAAAGCGCAAGUGGCCAGGUUUCAUGAUCAAGGAGGGUCACGACGACAAAAACGUGGAGCGAAGGGUUUGCAAGCCCAUUCUGUAUGCGCGAGUUGCAGCACCCCAUUAAUUGCCCCAGUGGCGUCCGUCUACACCUUUGAUUCGGUGCUGACUUGCCCUAAAUGUAGAGGCGCAGAAUCUCUUGCGAUCAUUGAGCCUGAGGGGGCACCUGAAAAUACAGAAGACCAGGGUACAAAAAAUGUUUCCGGAGGCUCGAUAUCGGUGCUAUCGGUCGCAGAAAGUGCGCAAUUGCGUGAAACUGUACAACGUAUUUCUCGAUGGCACGCUUCCCGAAGGCCAUUGAAUCGUGAUGAGCCACAUCAUUGGCAGCUAGGUGCAGGUCUAUCGUCCCAUCCUUCUUCUCCACCUCCUCCAAAUUUUGUACAAGCAGCUGCUGGUUCUUACCCUUCCAGCGCCAACCUUGUCCGGCCGCUCACUGGAACUAGAGCUUCAGAAGGAUCAAGUGGUGGGUUUGGCUCUGGAGACUCCUGGGGCGGCUCUUCCCUUGGGAAAGUCCUUCCCACCCCGCGAGAAAUUUGUCAAGCUUUGGACAAGUUUGUUGUUGGACAGGAGCAGGCUAAGAAGAUAUUGUCCGUGGCGGUCUAUAACCAUUACAAACGCAUCUACUUUGAAUCCAUGCGGAAAGGCAAUGCGAAACCCACAAAUGAGGGAUUUGGUGUGAGCGAAGUUGAAUGUGAAGAGAAUGAUGUGGAAUUGGAGAAGAGUAAUGUUCUCCUUAUGGGUCCCACCGGAUCUGGUAAAACAUUGCUUGCCAAAACCUUGGCUAGAUUUGUAAAUGUACCUUUCGUCAUUGCUGACGCUACGAGUCUCACGCAGGCAGGAUAUGUAGGAGAGGAUGUUGAAUCUAUACUUUACAAGCUCCUAGUGGAAGCAGAAUUUAACGUACUUGCUGCCCAGCAAGGCAUCAUUUACAUUGAUGAAGUGGACAAAAUCACAAAGAAGGCUGAGAGUAAAAAUAUUAGUCGGGAUGUAUCUGGUGAAGGUGUUCAGCAGGCACUAUUGAAGAUGCUUGAAGGCACUGUUGUGAAUGUCCCAGAGAAAGGGGCACGGAAACAUCCAAGAGGAGAACACAUUCAGAUUGAUACCAAAGACAUUCUUUUCAUAUGUGGAGGUGCUUUCGUUGAAUUGGAGAAGAGCAUUGCAGAAAGGAAGCAAGAUUCAUCAAUUGGUUUUGGAGCACCUGUUCGUGCCAAUAUGCGAGGAAACAAACUGAUCGACGCCGCCAUUACUUCAUCUUUGCUUGAGACGGUAGAGAGCAGUGAUUUGAUCUCUUAUGGGUUGAUUCCUGAAUUCAUCGGACGGUUUCCCGUGAUAGUCAGUCUCUCUGCACUUGACGAAGACCAGCUUGUCCAGGUCCUCACUGAACCCCGGAACGCUCUUGGUAAACAGUACAAGAAGAUGUUUGCGAUGAACAAUGUGAAACUCCAUUACACAGAAGGAGGUUUGCGGAGGAUUGCCCAGAAGGCCGUGGUUAAAAACACUGGUGCACGUGGGUUACGUUCCACAUUGGAAACUGUACUCACUGAAGCUAUGUACCAAGUGCCAGAUAGUAUUUCGAACGAAGGUGAGCAGGUAGAUGCUGUAGUACUGGAUGAAGAUGCUGUGGGCGCACCCGAUGGAAACGGAGAAGGUGCAAAGAUUUUGCGUGGCAAGGGUGCGUUGGACUUCUAUUUGAGAAAUCUUAAAACACCAAGCGAGGAUGGAGCACAAGUUGCCUCAGAAGAAGAGGAAGUUGAAACGGAUGCAGACAUGGCUGCAAGGGCGGUAAAUUUGUAAAUUAGUAUUUACAAGUGUACAGUUUCGAGUGAAGACUAACAUUAUUGAUUAUUCUAUACAUGGUAGUAUUGGUUGGAUUCAUUUUUAGUAGUUCUUACUGCCAGUGAAGUUGUUCCUGCAAUCAAGAGCCUUAAUAUUCUUACACUUGCCCAUGAGUUCAACAAGACCUUAUUAAUCAAAGAUAGGGUCCGUUUAACCAGGGCUGGUAACUCAUUAACGUGAUACUGAAGUAACUGAUAUUUCAAUCCAUACAAAAGAUUUGUGGAUUUUUCGCCCUUAAGAAAACGUCAUAAUUUUCUUGA